CUUCCACUCAUGAGAGGCACGGCACCAGAGCUCCAGCUCCACAUCGCCAGCUCCCGGGCCGCACCUCGAUCGCCCAGGCCGGCCUCCUCCCUCGCCGCCGGCGCCGCCAUGGACCGCAAGAGCAAGUCCGCCAAGGGCGCCGCGAGCUCGGCAGCGGCGUCCAUGGCCGCGCUCGCCGCAGCCGCCGCGGCCGGCGACAGCAGCUCGGGCCCCGCCGGCGGCGUCUGUCGUUGCGGCAGGCGGCGGCGGCGGGCCGAGGUGCCAGGCGGAGCGGUGCAACGCGAACCUGAUGACCGAGGAGAAGCCGUACAACCGGAGGCACAAGGUGUGCGAGGCGCACUCCAAGGCCCCCGUCGUGCUCGUCGCCGGCCUCCGCCAGCGCUUCUGCCAGCAAUGCAGCCGGUUCCACGAGCUGUCGGAGUUCGACGACGUCAAGCGCAGCUGCCGCCUGCGUCUGGCCGGCCACAACGAGCGGCGCCGGAAGAGCUCGGCCGACGCGCACGCCGGCGGCGGCAAUAAUGGAUUCCGCCAACACGCCGACCAGAACGGCCGCGGCGACCCGGCCGGGAACCACUUCCAGAUCAGAUAAAGCAUGCUCUCUCUCUUCUGUCAUGCAGCAGGAUAUGCUAGCAUCAUCACUACCGAUAGAUAUUUAUGCGUCUAUCGUCUACCCGCCCCGAAAACCCUAGUUAUAUAUAUAUAUAUAUAUAUAUAUAUAUAUAUAUAUAUAUAUAUAUAGACAUAU